AUGAAGUUCGCUUCUUCUAUCACCCUCGCCUCGCUCCUGGCUGCGGCUCAGGUUAGCGGCGCCGUGCCUCAUGUCCCCCGUCAUUCCUCGUCUUCGGCCCCUGCUGUGAGCGGCCCUCCUGAGGACCGUUCGUCAACUCCUUCGCCCCUUCCGUCGACUGUGCCUACCCCCGCCUCUUCGGUGGCUUCGUUGACCCCGUCCAGCUCUGGUCCUCGCUCUUCUGUCUCGGUGUCGGUUCCUACCAUCACCUCGACCAUUUUUGCUGGCAGCUCCUCGGUCCAUGGCUCGACCGGCAUUCCUAGCUCGACUGGUCUUGCCAGCUCGUCGGUCAUGCCUUCUUCGGUGACCAGUAUUCCCCUCAAGAUGACUACCUCGACCAUCUACACCACCAGUGAGGUGACCAUCACCCAGUGCGCCACUACCGUGACCAACUGCCCGGCAGAAUCGACCACCGUCGUGACCACGACCAUUCCUGUUACCACCACGGUCUGCCCCGUCACCGAGUCUGAGUCGGCUACCCCCAGCACCUCCGCUCAGGUCAGUCCCACCUCCCCCAGUGCGUCCAAGCCCAGUGUGACUAGGGCCCCGUCCUCGUCUGCUGCUCCCUCGGCCCCGGCCCAGGGCUCGACCGUGACCGAGGAGAUUUACACCACGACAACCAUCUGCCCGGUGACUGCUACCAUGACCUCGGGCUCCAGUGUGAUCACCUCAACCUACAGCACUAUCUCGACUGUGACUGUAACCCCGUCGUCUGUUGCUCCUUCGGCCCCGGCCCAGGGCUCGACUGUGACCGAGGAGAUCUACACCACGACAACCAUCUGCCCGGUGACCGCUACCAUGACCUCGGGCUCCAGCGUGAUCACCUCGACCUACAGCACUGUCUCGACUGUAACCGUGACCCCGUCUGCGUCCCCCAGUGCUACAACUAUCACUUUGACCCCCGGCACUGGCUCGAGCUCGACCCCCAUCCCCGAGGAGUCGGCUACUACCGUCACCACAUUCGAGACGACUACUAUCUGCCCGGUAACCGCAACCAUGACCUCAGGCUCCAGCACCUACCUGUCGACCUACAGCACCGUCUCUACUAUGACCAUGACUAGUCCCAUCCACUCGACCACCGUCUCCACCGCCAGUGCCACUGCUACCCCCGUGGGACCCGCCACCAGCGUCGUGCCCAGCGGUAGCAAGUCUGUCGUACCCAGCGGUUCUCGCUCCGCCAAGCCCAGCAGUUCUCACUCCGUCAUACCCAGCAGCACCCACUCCGCUGGCAUCACAAGCGUCCCCAGCAGCACCCCCGCCGCCUCGUCGACCAUGCUGAGCACCAUUCGCCCUAGCUCCGUCUCCAGCACGGGCACCAGCGUUUCACCCAGCUCCUCGCCCGCGUACAAUGCCGCCAUCUCGUUGAGCGCCUCUUCAGGUUUGUGGAUGGCCGUCACCGCGGUGCUGUCCCUCCUCGUCCUAUGA